AUGGGCGAUGGGUGGCUGCCGCCGGACUGCGGCCCCCAGAACCGCUCCGUGGCCGGGGUGACGGCGGUGCCGCCCGGGAGCAGGCAGCUGCCCGCCGCCGAGCUGCUGUCGCAGCAGUGGGCUGUGGGCAUGAGCCUGCUGAUGGCCCUGGUGGUGCUGCUCAUCGUGGCCGGGAACGUGCUGGUGAUUGCGGCCAUCGGGAGGACGCAGCGGCUUCAGACGCUCACCAACCUGUUCAUCACCUCGCUGGCCUGCGCCGACCUGGUGAUGGGGCUGCUGGUGGUGCCCUUCGGGGCCACGCUGGUGGUGCGGGGCACCUGGCUCUGGGGGUCCUUCCUCUGCGAAUGCUGGACCUCCCUGGACGUGCUGUGUGUGACGGCCAGCAUCGAGACCUUGUGCGUCAUCGCCAUCGACCGCUACCUAGCCAUCACCUCACCUUUCCGCUACCAGAGCCUCAUGACCAAGGGUCGGGCCAAGGGCAUCAUCUGCACCGUCUGGGCCAUCUCUGCCUUGGUCUCCUUCUUGCCCAUCAUGAUGCAUUGGUGGCGGGACGAGGACCCCCAGGCGCUGGAGUGCUACCAGGACCCGGGCUGCUGCGACUUCGUCACCAACAGGGCUUAUGCCAUCGCCUCGUCCGUCAUUUCUUUCUACAUCCCUCUUCUCAUCAUGAUCUUUGUGUACCUCCGGGUGUACAGAGAGGCCAAGGAGCAGAUGAGGAAGAUCGAUAGGUGCGAGGGCCGCUUCUACGGCAGCCAGGAGCAGCCGCAGACGCCCCUGCCCGCUCACCCUCACCACCAGCCCAUCCUCGGCAACGGCCGAGCCAGCAAGCGAAAGAGCUCCCGCAUCAUGGCCAUGAAGGAGCAGAAAGCCCUCAAGACUUUGGGCAUCAUCAUGGGGGUGUUCACCCUCUGCUGGCUCCCGUUUUUCUUGGUGAACAUCGUCAACGUCUUCAACAGGGACCUGGUGCCGGACUGGCUCUUUGUUUUCUUCAACUGGCUGGGCUACGCCAACUCCGCGUUCAACCCCAUCAUCUACUGCCGCAGCCCCGACUUUCGUAAGGCCUUCAAAAGGCUGCUCUGCUGCCGCCGGAAAGCCGACCGGUGGCUGCACGGCGGCGGCGGGGAGCUGGCCCGGCUGCCCGGGGGCUUGAUCAGCACCGUGGGCUCCCCCGAGCGCAGCCUGGCAGGGACCUGGUCCGACUACAACGGGGGCACACGGGGCGGCAGCGAGUCCAGCCUGGAGGAGAGACAUAGCAAAACCUCCGAUUCGGAGUCCAAGGGAACAGUCAGGCUAAUGGAUUUUCAUUGCCUUGUGCUUCUGUUCAUCAAUCUAGAACAAAAGCCUCCAAACCUUCUGAGGUCUAUCCAUCAAGAGCCUUAUCUCCCCAUGUCACCGUUCAGCUCCUGGCUGCUGCUGCUUGGAGCCUCCUGCAAGCUCAGCUCUGACCACCAGCUUCCCAUUUCCCCUCUCCAGGCAGCUCUGCAGCAUUAUCCACAGUCACCUCCUUGGCUCCCUGCCACUUCAGUGAUGACCUCUGCACUACCUGCAGGCCUGGGCUGCUGCAUGCUCCACAGCCAGCCAGCUUCGUGAUGGGCUGUGUUGGUGCUGCUGUAUCACAGCCCAUCAUCUUCAUCCCCCACACACAUACGUAGCCUGGGCUAUGGCCAUAGCCAUGACCAGAGCAGAGCACACUGACUCAGCUUGUCCCUAACAAUGGAGAAUGUUUGUCUUUUUUAAUGGGAUAUUAAUGAAGCUUGGAUAAAGUCCUCCGUCUGAGGUUCAAAGACUGAAAUAUCCGGGGAGAAUAUUUCUGAUCCCCUUCCACCUGACAGUCGCUGGUCCCCUCUGGCAGGGGCAUCCUCAACUGCUGCCGUCAGGCUGCCAGAGAUCUCAGUUAGCACCCCUAAAAACCCAGGUAGGCUCUACCCUGGUAAAUGAGCGUGGUCCCUGAGCUGCUGGGAAGCACCAGGAGCAGAGCAAGCACACAGAGGGGCACCAGCAUCAUCAGCCCUGUGGAGGUUCCUGGCCACGUAAAAUAGCUGCAUAGUGAGACUUAAUGCCCAGUUUAUAACAUGUGUUACUCAGCCUUGUUGGAGAAGUCUCUGCAGUGCAUUGUACUCGGUAUCAGGGCCACAAGACAUUCCUUGCUUUGAAGCUGAGCUGGCACAAGAAGUUUUCUGCAGUCCUGCUGUCCUGUCAAAGCUGUGGCCAAAAACAACAGGGUGAAGACUUUGGAAAGAGUCACCCAUCCACAGUGUAACUGAUUUAAAAGAGGGGUCUGGCUGGCUCAGGGCUUGAGAACAGCUUUCAUACAGGUCAGAUGUUGAGAUCAUGUGCACCACGAUGGGGUUCAGAGAUCUCUGCUGCUUGGUACCACUUGGUCUCAGCCCAGAUCUAGAUAAGCUUCGGAAUCGGGGUGGCCUUUUCCAAUGGGCCUAUUUUCCUAUGGUCCUUUUCUCAGGAGGCUCUGAUGAGUGGGCUGUUACUGCUCUCCUCCCUGUGGUUUUAAUUUUUUUCUGUUUUAUAGUCAGAGGGGUAAAGCUAAUUCCCAUCUCAUAUAUAACAAUGAAUUUGACUCAAUAACAAGAAGAUCAAUGUACUUUUUAU